CAGGUUGUUUCUGGUUCCGGUUUUUGUCUUUUAUGGUAAAGUUUUCAAAAUACAAGUUUCAGUUGUGAACAGCAUUUCCUUGCCAAUCUUUUGCUUUCUUCUUUGCUCUAAGUUCAUUUUUGCCAGACAAUCCUUUUUCACAGUGAAUGCUAAAAAACCAUUUCUUUCACCGAAAAUAAUUUUUAUUCCUGCCUAUGGAUAGUUCACUGAAAAAUAUUGAAAAAGAGGGUAGCUCAGAUAAAGUUACCAUAAAGGUUAAGGUUGAAGAUGAGGGAUAUCAUGAUAUCGUAAUAGAUUGGUCGGAUGGAAGUUUUCCAUACAAAGAUCAGCAAGUUAUUAACCAGCUUGCGUCGAUAAUCGGAAUUCCAGUCGAAUACAUCUUUAUGGCUUUAUUGAUUUAUGCGCCUCAUAAUCAUUUUGAUCUACGAAAUAUUGAACAUAGAUCAUUCGAUCCUCGGCUUUGGGAUAUUGAUGCGGAUGACCCUGAAGUGUUUGAUGAGGACGACAAUGCUUUAAUGCCAUGUCACUUCACUAGAGAGAAAUGUUUGGGAAGGUUAAAUGAUGGUGAUCGUUUUGUUAUGAGUACUGAUUUGUAUUUGGGGUCGGAUGGCUGUUUCAGUCUACACUUAUGGUUGUAUAGCCUUGACUGUGAGUUAUACAAUGAAAACAAUUGUACUCAUCACUAUUGUCAUUAUUCAAGUACGAGAACUUUUAUCGAUAGAAAAGUAUCAGUUGCUACAAAUACUGAGUUACAAAUGAUAUUACGAGCAAGGUAUGCAGAAUUACCUCAUAUUGUAGACGAUGCUUCAUACAUUGAAAAUCGUUCGCAAAGCAUGAGAAUAAUGAGAGAGUUACACAUCAACAUGUUCAUUUGGGUACGCUGGUGUAGCUCAAACAAUGAAUCACAAUGGGGCUCUCCCUAUUCACGAACUCGUGGUUAAAUUUUAUUGAUAUUUUAUCUUUAUGUGAAAAUGAAGGAUUAUUCUUGGCUCCAGGAAACAAAGCAUGUUACUUAUCAUCAAUGACUUGUUCGCCACAAUUCCAAUCUCUUAUUAAUGUAAAAGCAGAUUGAAGUAAUCAUUGUAAUCAUUUCAGAUGAUUUAAAGUAAAAUAACAAUUUACAUCAUGUAACAUAUCACAAUUUUUUCAACUAAAUCUUGGUUUGACUAUUUUGUUCUAUUCGAUGUCCCAUGAAAAUUGUAAUCUUCAAUAACAAGUUCAUUCAAACUUAGAAAAAGUGUCUCUUGGUGUCAAAAAUACAUGGAAAGAAUGAAAAAAAUAAAAGAAAGGAAAGCCAAGCCAAGCCUGUGCUAGACAAAGAAAAUUUUAAUCAAAACAAAUCAGCUAGUAAUUUUCAACUAAUAUUCAUAUUUCAAUUGUACUAUAAAUACAUCAUAAACAUUGCACUAUUCAAGUG